AUGUCAUCGUCAUCUAUUGUUGAAACAGAUCAACAACAACAACAACAACAACAACAACAAGCAAAUACUGCUACAACACAACCACCAAUUAUAGAUCCUCGUAUCGUUCUUGGCAAUGGAUUAUAUCUCUUGAUAUCGCCUGUGGUUAAGGAAUGCGAUGCUAAAAUACAAGAAGUAUAUCAAUCACAAAAGAAUCUAUCGGAACAAAUAGAUUCUUUAUCAAAUGAAUUGGAAAAGUUUAAUAGUUUAACACAAGUACCAACUUUACAUCCACAUGUUCAAAAGUUGAUGAAUGCAAGAGGACGUCUGUUGGCUGUCAAUAGCAAGUUGAGUAUGAUCAUGAUUAGAUUGGACAAGUUGUCGACAUCGGUGUUACAACAUCAACAACAGCAACAAAAGACAUCGGUAUCAGAUAGAAUCUCUUUGUUCUUCAAGAGUAAACCAUCUCCUGUCAAGCCAUCGCCAACAUCAAACACAAUUGCUGCUACCGCAACAACUACUACAUCCACUGAUAACAAUACAAACAACAAUAUUACUUCACAAUUAGAACAAGCUGUCGAUGUAAACACCUCAAAUACCAACAACGAAUCAACAAUAACAACAACAACAACAAAUGUAACAUUAGAACAACAAACAACACAAGAACAAACAGAACAAACAACUGAUGAUAAGAAAGUAGAAGAAGGAGAAGCAACAACAACUACAACUACUACAACAACUUCAUCAUCUUAA